AUGCAACCAGCAGGCCGUCUGAGGCUGAGGACGUGGCUGGAGGAGCAGAUCGAGUCUGGGAAGUACCCGGGAGUCUGCUGGCUCGACAAGUCAGAGAGAGUUUUCCAGAUCCCGUGGAAACACGCAGCUCGUCACGGCUGGAGUAUCGACCGAGACGCCACUCUCUUCAGGAGCUGGGCCAUGCACACUGGUCGAUACCGUCCAGGCCAACAUAACGCAGACCCAAAGACGUGGAAGGCCAACUUCCGCUGUGCCCUCAACUCUCUCCCCGACGUACGUGAGCUGCACGAGCGCAGCAACAAGAGGGGCAGCAAUGCCUACAGAGUCUACAAGAUGCUUCCCGCCGCGCACCCACGCAACAGAGGUGACCGCAACAAACAUACCUAAUACAUACAAUGCAUAUAAAAAAAAUGCCUACACACACCUGUCGAACCAUAACAUUUUCCCGCAUGAAAAAGAUACAUGAAAAAAUAAUAGGACCAAAAAAGAUUCAUAGAAAAUAACAAAAUAAGCCAAAAUUUACUUGACAAAAUGUUCAACAUCUUAGAUGAAAAUUUAUAUAAAUAUUGCAAAACAAUACCAAACAAAUAUAGAAAAAUACCAAAAUGUUACAACAAAAAUAUGAGACAAAAUGUUAAAAAUAUUAGACCAAUUUUUUUAAAUAUUAGAAAUUAAGACAAUAAUACUACCAACUAUUACAUGAAAAUACAUAAAUACUAGAAAAUAAUACGAAGUAUUAGGUGAAAAAAUUAUAAGCAUAUUAGAAAAUAAUACAAAUGUUGGGAAAGAAAU